UCGAGCGCGUGUAAGCGCGAUGCGUAGCUGCGUAGAAUCGUAGUGUCUUUUUUUCUUUUAAUUCGUGUUGUGCAUUCGCGACAGCAUUUAAUUACGACAUUGUUUAUUUAUCUUUGGUUUCUUCUACGGCACGCGCGGUUUUCGAUCUCGUUUUACUUUUCUUUCCUUAUAAAAAUAUCGUUAACUAUGAUACAUCGCGGUGUCACGGUGACACAUUCAGUGACAGUGAAUUAGUGGUGGUGAACGUCAUCGAGCAACGAUUAUUAUGAUGACCAGCUGACGGAUAGAUUACUCUUUCGCGUCUCUACGGCGUCAACGGGGUUGUCAAAAAUACUGGAAGGAUGUUGGGCGGCGUGGGAGGCCGGCACAUGUCGACGCGUCGGCGUGGCAGUAGCCCGCUGGUGCGUGGAGGUGCGGGCCUCGCAGGAUAUGGCGGACAAGCUGCCUCCGGAAACUCGAACGAUGCUGCGAUACCACCGGAUAUACAGAGAUACGCCGCCAGAAGGCGCAGGGCGGUUACCACCAGUGACCACAAGAGUUGCGCCCUCGUCCAUACUCGCAUUAAACUCGGCGAUAUCAUGUUGGCAGCGCAAGAGGCGGCACAAAGGGACCCUGGAUACGCGAGUCAGUACAGGAGAAGGCCGAGGUUGGCCGGACUGAGUGGUCUCGGUGACUGGACUAGCUUUGGAGGGGAGGUACCUGGUCUGGUGGACAUGGCGCCAGGCCGGGAUCAGGGCGGAGGGGCGGGUGGCGGUGGGGGAGGCGGCAAGGGCACCACGUCGUUGUUUAUCCUGUCGGAGGAUAAUUGCAUCAGGAAGCACACGCGCUUCAUAAUCGAGUGGCCGCCCUUCGAGUACGCCGUCCUGCUCACCAUCAUCGCCAAUUGCGUGGUCCUCGCCCUCGAGGAGCACCUGCCGAAGCACGACAAGACCAUACUCGCACAGAAGCUCGAGGCCACGGAAAUCUACUUCCUCGGGAUCUUCUGCGUCGAGGCGAGCCUCAAGAUCCUCGCCCUUGGCUUCGUCCUCCACCGUGGCUCUUAUCUGCGCAACAUCUGGAACAUCAUGGAUUUCUUCGUCGUGGUGACCGGGUUCAUCACGGCGUUCUCGCAAGGCAUAGAACUGGAUAUGGAUCUGCGCACGUUGCGUGCGAUACGCGUGUUGCGACCGCUCAAACUUGUCUCCGGCAUACCGAGUCUCCAGGUGGUGCUCAAGUCUAUCAUCAAGGCGAUGGCGCCGCUUCUGCAGAUCGGCCUGCUGGUGCUGUUCGCCAUCGUGAUAUUCGCCAUCAUCGGCCUCGAAUUCUAUUCGGGAACGUUGCAUAAAACGUGUUACAGCAUCAGGAAUAUCAAUGUAAUCGUGAAGGAGGGCGAACAGCCGAGUCCGUGUAACACGGACAACAAAUCCGAGGCUCCGUUCGGAGCGCACGUGUGCGACGCGAAUGUUUCGACGUGCAUGGAUCACUGGGAGGGACCAAAUUUCGGCAUCACCAGCUUCGACAACAUCGGAUUCGCCAUGCUCACUGUCUUCCAGUGCAUCACUAUGGAGGGCUGGACUGCCAUAUUGUACUGGACAAACGACGCUCUUGGCAGCACGUACAACUGGAUUUACUUUAUACCAUUGAUCGUCCUUGGCUCAUUCUUCAUGCUGAACUUAGUUCUUGGUGUCUUGAGCGGAGAGUUUGCAAAGGAGAGAGAAAAGGUGGAGAACCGGCAGUCCUUCCUGAAAUUGCGAAGACAGCAGCAGCUCGACCGUGAACUGAACUGUUACCUGGAUUGGAUCUGCAAAGCAGAGGAGGUAAUACUCGCGGAAGAAAGGACCACGGAAGAGGAGAAGAUGCACAUAUUAGAAGUAAGAAGAAGAGCCGCGGCGAAAAAGAAGAAAUUGAAGAAUCUUGGCAAAAGUAAAAGCACGGACACGGAGGAAGAGGAAGGCGAUGACGACCAGGACGAUAGACUCUCCAGAUCUUCCUACUUUAAAUCGAGGGAAAAGGAAGAGGGCACUUGCGUGCAAUUUUGGCGGGCGGAAAAGAGAUUCAGAUUUUGGAUACGAAGCUCGGUGAAAUCGCAAAAGUUUUACUGGUUCGUCAUCGUCCUCGUGUUCUUCAAUACCGUUUGCGUGGCCGUGGAACACUAUGGUCAGCCUCAAUGGCUUACCGAUUUCCUCUAUUUCGCGGAAUUCGUGUUCCUGGCCCUGUUCAUGCUGGAGAUGUUCAUAAAAGUGUACGCUCUCGGUCCUCGCACCUAUUUCGAGUCGAGUUUCAAUCGUUUCGACUGCGUGGUCAUCUCGGGAUCGAUCUUCGAAGUGAUCUGGUCCGAGGUGAAGUCCGGCUCUUUCGGCCUCUCCGUCCUACGUGCCCUUAGACUCCUGCGAAUUUUUAAGGUCACCAAAUACUGGAAGAGCCUGAGGAACCUCGUAAUAUCGCUGCUCAGCUCGAUGCGUAGCAUCAUCUCCUUGCUCUUCCUGCUCUUCCUCUUCAUCCUCAUAUUCGCGCUGCUCGGUAUGCAGCUGUUUGGCGGUCAGUUCAACUUCGAAAGCGGUACACCGCCCACAAACUUCAACACUUUUCCCAUCGCGCUGCUCACUGUCUUCCAAAUCCUGACCGGAGAAGAUUGGAACGAAGUGAUGUACCAGGGUAUCGAGUCGCAAGGCGGUCACAAGAAGGGCAUGAUCUACUCGCUGUACUUCAUCGUACUGGUGCUGUUCGGUAACUACACGCUGCUGAACGUGUUCUUGGCUAUCGCCGUCGACAAUCUGGCGAACGCGCAAGAAUUGAGCGCCGCCGAGGACGAAGAAAAAGUCGAGGACAAGGAGAAGCAGGCGCAGGAACUCGAGAAAGAGAUCGAGUCGUUACAGAAACCGAAAGACGGUAACGCGCCGAAGGUAGAGAUCUGCCCUCCGAGUCCGACUCAGAAUUUCAAAGACGGAAAGGGUGGGAAACAGUCAUCCGAAGAGAAAAAGCAGGAUGAAGACGAUGACACGGGACCAAAACCAAUGCUGCCAUACUCCUCCAUGUUUAUACUGUCCCCUACGAAUCCCGUAAGAAGAGCCGCCCAUUGGGUCGUGAACCUGAGGUACUUCGACUUCUUCAUAAUGGUGGUGAUAUCUUUGUCGAGUAUCGCGUUGGCCGCCGAGGAUCCUGUCUGGGAGGACUCGCCGAGGAACGAGGUGCUGAAUUACUUCGAUUACGCGUUCACCGGUGUUUUCACCGUCGAAAUGAUCUUGAAGAUCAUCGAUCUCGGCGUCAUCCUUCAUCCAGGCUCGUAUCUGCGCGAAUUUUGGAACAUCAUGGACGCGGUGGUGGUGAUAUGCGCCGCGGUAUCGUUCGCGUUCGACAUGACCGGUAGCUCGGCCGGACAGAAUCUUUCGACGAUCAAGUCGUUGAGAGUGUUGCGGGUACUCAGACCGUUGAAGACGAUCAAAAGGGUGCCGAAAUUGAAGGCGGUGUUCGACUGUGUCGUGAACAGUCUGAAAAACGUCAUAAACAUUCUCAUAGUGUAUAUAUUGUUCCAAUUCAUAUUCGCUGUGAUCGCGGUGCAGCUGUUCAACGGCAAGUUCUUCUACUGCAGCGACGAGAGCAAAUACACGGAACAGGAUUGCCAGGGUCAAUAUUUCGUUUACGAGGAGGAUGCCAUGCUGCCAGAGCCAAAGAAGCGGGAGUGGCAGUCCCAGUUUUUUCACUACGACAACGUGAUGGCCGCGAUGCUGACGUUGUUCGCGGUACAGACUGGCGAGGGCUGGCCACAGAUCCUGCAAAAUUCGAUGGCGGCCACGUACGAGGAUAAAGGCCCCAUCCAAAAUUUUCGUAUAGAGAUGUCCAUUUUCUACAUCGUCUACUUCAUCGUAUUUCCAUUCUUCUUCGUCAACAUCUUCGUGGCCUUGAUUAUCAUCACGUUCCAGGAGCAGGGAGAGGCCGAACUGCAAGACGGCGAAAUCGACAAAAAUCAGAAAUCUUGUAUAGACUUCACGAUACAAGCGCGACCUCUAGAGAGGUACAUGCCGAAAGAACGAAACAGCGUCAAGUACAAAAUUUGGAGGAUAGUGGUAUCGACGCCGUUCGAAUAUUUUAUCAUGGGUCUCAUCGUAUUAAACACAGUGCUACUCAUGAUGAAGUUCCAUCGGCAAAGCGACGCGUACAAGAACACGCUGAAGUACAUGAACAUGUGCUUCACGGGGAUGUUCACCGUCGAGUGCAUACUGAAGAUCGCCGCUUUCGGCGUGAGGAACUUCUUCAAAGACGCCUGGAACACGUUCGAUUUCAUCACGGUGAUCGGCAGCAUCGUGGACGCCCUGGUGAUCGAGUUCGGGGAGCGGUUUUCGAGUAUGCCCAGUGGCGGUCAACUAGGCGAAAAGAAGGAGAACUUCAUCAACGUCGGCUUCCUCAGACUGUUUCGUGCUGCCAGGUUGAUCAAACUGCUCAGGCAGGGGUACACGAUACGAAUUUUACUCUGGACCUUUGUACAAUCCUUCAAAGCUCUGCCUUAUGUCUGUCUUCUCAUUGCGAUGCUGUUUUUCAUCUACGCGAUCAUCGGUAUGCAGGUCUUUGGAAAUAUAUCGAACGAUCCAGGAACAGCGAUCGAUGAACACAACAACUUUCAAUCCUUCUUCGCCGGUCUUAUGUUGCUUUUUCGGUGCGCGACCGGCGAGGCUUGGCCGAACAUCAUGUUGUCCUGCAUCAAGGGUCGGCCGUGCGACGAGAAAGCCGGCAAACAAACGGAGGAGUGCGGUUCGAACAUCGCGUACGCCUACUUCGUCUCGUUCAUCUUCUUUUGUUCGUUCCUCAUGUUGAACUUGUUCGUCGCCGUAAUCAUGGACAAUUUCGAUUAUCUGACGAGAGACUCGUCGAUCCUGGGUGCCCAUCAUCUGGACGAGUUCGUUCGGAUCUGGGCCGAGUACGAUCCAAACGCGACCGGCAAGAUCCAUUACACGGAAAUGUACGACAUGCUGAAGAACAUGGAUCCGCCGUUGGGGUUUGGUAACAAGUGUCCGAAUAGACUCGCCUACAAGAAGUUGAUCAGGAUGAACAUGCCGGUGGACGUCGACGGGAAAGUGAACUUCACCACCACUCUGUUCGCCCUGAUUCGCGAGAAUCUUAGUAUCAAGAUGAGAUGCGCCGACGAGAUGAAACAAGCGAACGAGGAACUCAGAGACACGAUCAGAAGUAUUUGGCCUCUGCAGGCGAAAAAAAUGUUGGACCUUUUGAUACCUAAGAACGAAGAAUUAGGCAGAGGUAAGAUGACCGUUGGUAAGAUAUACGUCUGCCUUCUGAUACUCGAAAGUUGGAGGACGACCAAGUUUGGUCAAAUAAAACCGACCGGACAGAACGAUAACGAUCUUAUCGAUAACGAUAAUGCUGGGCAAAGUCCUGCAGCCCAGGCGAAAUCGGCCUUCCUCGACUGCAUACUGGAUGUGACCGCGGUAAAUCAUACCGGAAAUAAUCACGGGACCGGAAGUAGGGCGAACAGCCUCGAACCGGUGGUACGGCCGACACCGGAAACGAAGCUCGAUCUGCACAAGGAGCACAUGGACGAAGACGACGGGGCCCUCGGGGUCCUCGCAGCCGGCGAGCAUAGACGACAACAUAGCAUCAGAAAUAAAAAGGUGAACUGGAAGAUGUCCCACCAGUACGAUAUACUAGGCAGCAGCGGAGAGAGUAGCCAGGGAGGGGGUGGGUCUGGGGUUGUACCCGUAGUUAAUGACGAGGAUCGCGCCCCCGAGCUAGAGCCAUUGCUGGCUGAGGUGCCCUCCCAGCAGGAUCAAAACUACUACUACCACCAUCACCAUCACGACCAAUACUACGAUACCGACAAUGAUCUAUACUAUGACCAUCACCACCACCACCACCACCAUCACCAUCACCAUCAUCAUCAUGCUCACCGACCACCCUCGUAUUAUCAACACCAGAAUACCUACGCACCUCGCUCCUCGAUCCGUUACCACAAGAUGGAGCUUCAGGACGUCGUAGUUAGCGACUCGCGCGCCGGUAGCCUAGAGAGUCUCACACACGCUGGCGAGAGACUUCAUCCACCCGUGCAUCCAGUCAGACACCCAUCGCGUUCACCGAGUCUAAGAAGACACUCGCCGGUCGUACACCGAUCGCAAUCGCCGAGGCGACUGAGGCACGACCACGGUCAUUACUACCACGAAGGACCAGGAUUCAGCGACACGGUUAGCAACGUCGUCGAGAUUCAGAGACACACGCAUCAUCCCCAUUCGUCACAGUACAAUCAUCGGCACAGGAUGCGAGACUAUUACGACCACUGCGACUAUUACGACGAUGGUCCGUGGAGCGCUUCGACCAGUCCAGCGAGGACACCGAGUCCCAUUCACCACAUCGACCGAGCACGUCACUACGGAACGACCAGCCUGGAGCAACGCUCGAGGAGUCCGAGUCCUAUCGGUGGUCGUCAGCCUGCUCAUCCGCACCAGCAUUAUCAUCGGCAUCAUCCCCAUCAGCAUAGUUACCCGGUGUUGGUGGCCAGGCGAGUGCCGGGUCGUCAGUUGCCUCCGACGCCGGACAAACCGUCGACGUUGCAGCUGAAGAAGCAGGCGAACAUCAACUUUCCGAAGUUGAACGCUUCGCCGACUCAUGGCUCUCACAUGCCAACCGCGCACGUGCCCAUCCCGGCCAGUAUGCAGCAUCCACCACCGGGACACGUGCCACCGAUGCAACCGAGCCACUAUCCGUUAAGCUUCGAGGAGGCUGUGACUAUAGGUCGCGGUGGUCGUCUUCUGCCGAGUCCUGUGCCCAACGGCUACAAGCCUCAACCGCAGGCGAAACAGAGAACACCCAGGUCGAGACACUCGGACAGCGACGAAGAUGACUGGUGCUAGCCAAAGUGGGACCCUGGACGGUGGUCCGGUGACGUGGACGCCCCCAGGCGUCUUUGGGUUUGCGCGUGAAUCUUCCGUACACCGGAAGGCGCAUUAAUCUAGCCGCGAAAACGUGAACGAAGAUCGAUCGAUCGGUUCGAAGUUCGUCAGAACUCGAUCGACUCGUUUGGUCGAGAUGCACGCGUAUAACGUGAGUUGGAACAUGGCCAGUUACGAUUUCACGAGAAACGGAAAACGAAGGAUGGAACCGAAGCAAAACGCUCGAGGAACGCUCGAUGGCUCGAGCGACACGGUAGAAAAAGAAGAAGCAGAAGAAGAAGAAGAAGAAGAAGCAACGGUGAACGACGGGAGGCGAAUGGAUUCCAAAGAAGCUACGCGACUGAAACGGAAGCCACAUCGGAUGAUCGUUACAGGGACAAACGGAGCAACGUAAUAAACGAACGAUCGUCGAGGCAACGUUCGAGCGAACGUGUGCCGCGAAACGGCGAUCCCCGAUUCGAACGUAAACGAAGAAAUAUUCCGAAUCUUUUUGCGCGAAAAAUCCCAAGUGUCGUUUACGCGCGCGCCAGACGCUACACGGAACUUUCCUCUAUUCUCACGCGAGACUUUUCUUUCGUCUACGAACUUCGAAGCUUCCUUCGCUGUGCGUUGUUCGAUCGACGGACCGAGCCGAGGAGGAUUCACUUUUUAUACGAUUAUACCGAUCGAAACCGCUCUGGAACGGUCGAGCGCGAACGCUUAGAAAAUUCGUUUUCGCGCUAUCGAAUUUUUCACGCUCGUAGAGAAGUUUGUCGGUUGCGCGCGAACCAGCCCUCUCGACCGAAAGAUCCUCUUUCGAAUGGUCUCGUCUUGAUUUCUCUUGAAGCUGCGUCGAAUACGAUUCGUCAUCGAAGUCACGGGAACAGUAACAGGACUGAUCAACGAACGGCUACGAAUCUUCGUUGGCGAAUACCGUUUCGCGUUCAAAGAGAUCGCGAAGAAAAAACAACAAAGAACGAUCGAGUUUCUCCGCUAGAACGAUUCGAAGAAAUCCUGGUUACCAACGAUUUCUUCCGAUUUACGAUUAGUAACCGCGAUUUUUCUACUCGUACCGUGUUCUUUCUUCGCUGUUCUUUCGCGAAUCUUUUCACCACCCGUGAGUCAGGCCUCGCCUUCGAACGCGUCGAACGCGAUUUCAGAGGCGUGUAACUUUAACUGUCUCGUAGCUCGAAGCUUGAAAACGUUGAACGAUACAUCGAACUAAAUAAAAUACGUACGUAGAAAUUUUUACUUAAAUCGCCGUUAAUCCUCUGAUCGCGACGAGGAGGAGGAAGGCGAAGAGGAAGACGAGCGCGGUGUCGUUGUACCGUAUUCUCUCGCAGCCGACGACAACGAGAAAUCGAGGAGAAAGAGCUGGGAAGAGAUCGAGGAACGAAAGGUUUAAGCGAGGCGCCGCGCCGCGACGAAUAGCGUGGGAGGGCAGAUUAAAAAGGAAAAAGAAAAAAACAGAAAUACGAGGAAAAUCCACCGGCACUUGUAUAAUAUCGCAUAAUUUUGACUCGAAACGUUUACCAUCGCUGCUACUACCGUUUACUAUCACCUACCACCUACGUGAAAGAACUAUUCCACUACUAUUGUUACCGCUACUAAUUUAUAACUACGGCUACUACUACUACUACUACUACUACUACUAAUUACUAAUACCACCACUAUUACCGCUAUUACUAUUACUACUACGAUUUACUACCAGUCGAUACUACCGCUACACUACUAUUACUACUAUUUACUACUGCAAAUACUACUACUACCAUUGUUACUAUUACUAUUACCACCACCACUACACCACCACCACCACCACUACGACCACCGUCACCACCGUUCACCAUCGUCACCACUCUCACCAUCAUCGUCUCGUCUCUACUAUCGCUGCUGCUGCUACUAUUACUAACUACUACUGUUACUAUUACUACCGCUGCUAUUUACUACUAAA